AUGUCUCGACCGCGUACUCGCGAAUUAUGGUGUGCUGUUCCUGGCAAGCUUAGGCAGCCAUUCUCUAUAGAGUGUAUUGCAGACCAAGACAAUAUUCAGACACUCAAGAAGAAGAUUUGGGAAGAGAUAAAAGAUGAAAUCAAGGAUACAGCAGCCCGCAACCUUGAGCUCUACAGCCCUGUGGUGCAACUCAAUCAUGAAGAGGAGUUUAAGAUUGAUGAUGGUGAACUUCUACAUCCACGCCGAAUGAUUACGUCCAACCCACUCUUCCCCGAAAGCAAGGAUCCAGAUGUGGAUAUUGUUGUUGUGAGCGGAGAUACCACUACACGGAAACGGAAGCGCUCUGAAUCACAAAGUGCGAAUAUACCUCGGACACAUCCCAUCACAGAGAAUCGAUUGAUAUGCCCUCGAGAGCGUACAGUGUCAAAACUUGCGACCAUUCUGGAUGAAGUGAACAUAGUCCAUGUGCGUGGAACUCCAGCCAGUGGCAAAACAUGUCUCUCAGAACUUUUGAGAGACUACUAUCUUAAAGAAGGAAGAAAGGUUUCUUUGAUCAAAAAAUGGGAAACACUUCAUUACAAGAAUCCCUGGAGCAGUCUUAUCGAGCUUGUUGAAAAAUGGAAUGAAGGACUGGAAGAUCUCUCUUGGGUUUUGACAUCAAACACCGUGGUUCUCGUGGAUGAGGCACAGGUGACCUACAAUGAUACUGCGCUCUGGAACACAAUCAUCAAAGAAAGACGAAGUCUUACCUGUUUAUAUAAUUUUCGACUAUGUCUUUUCUGCUCUUACGGCAGCCCGAGAACAGGCCCAGAUCAAACAUUCUUCACUCCAGUUACCCUUUUUGACGAACAACGUAUCUCAUUGACACCGCAAAACCAGUCACACUCACCAAAUAUUGGUCUAUUCUAUGACAAAGAAGAGUUCAAGGAUGUUGUUUCACGGUUACUUACAUACAAAUAUUCAGAAAGGUUCACUUUUGAUGAAGAUGCCCAAGACUACAUAUUUGCAUUAACAAACGGCCAUCCAGGAGCGGUGGAAUCCAUAGUCAAUGUACUCUUCCAGGUCUAUCGCCAUGACAUCAAGCAUAGGCAUAUUAGGACCCUCACAGAAGAUCAUGUCAUCUGGUUCCUGGAGGAUACCGCCACAGUCUUUCAAAAACUUAGCAAAGAGUCAGUUGAUCGCUCUUUUCCAGUUAUAGAGAGAUGCACAAGUGGAAUUUCAAACAUAUUGAACACAAUUACAGAGGAUGGAAAUAUUCCAUUUGAUCUCAAUGAUGCAGACAUCAGGUUCUGUUAUCAGAAUGGUUGGAUUCACAGGGUAGCUCUAGAUGGUGAAAAUAUUGCAGUUCUGCCAUCGCGCUUACAUGAAAAGUACAUUGAAUAUUCAAUUGGCACAAUGUCAAAACCCCUGCCUGCCAGAUUUGACUCGCUACAGAAAUUAUGCAAAGAAAUUCUCAGCAAAUUCUCCAUCAUGAACUUAAGGCACUCAGUUGAGGGCAAAAAAAUGUCAACCGCAUCACAACCCAGACCUAUGGAAGCCCAGUAUCAAGCUGAAUUCUACAGGGGAUUUGUCCAUACAGCAGGACGAGGUGUACCGAUAUCCACUGAAUGGUCAAGAACCAAGGAUGGUCGAGUGGGUUUCUAUAUCCCAGAAAAGAAAUGGGCCAUUGAAUUGUUGAGAGAUCAUAUUGAAGUCAAUGAACAUAUCUCUCGAUUCAAGGAUGGUGGAAAAUAUCAUGCCUGGCUGAAGGAGAAAAUGGUCAAGGAUUGGAUCAUAAUCAACUGUGCGACUUCUUUACCAACCAAAGAGUUCUCUGAACCUAAGCUAUGGCAUGCUGUGUUUGCCAAUGAUUAUUCUAAAUUGCAGUUGUAUAAACAUCAGCAAGCUCUUAUGAUGUCUGUGCAUCUACGUAAUUGA